AUGCCGUGCCUGGCCAUCAGCGCCACCACCACCGCCUACGGCCGUCAGAUGAUCGAGGCCACGCGCUCCUGGGUGCAGGGGGAGUUCUGCACCGCGCGGGGCCGCCCCGCGGACUGCGAGGUCAUCUACGGCGACACAGACAGCGUCAUGGUCAACUUCAAGGCGGGUCGCCGCGAUCUGGCCGUGGCGGACGUGGCCACGGCCAUGGCCCUGGGGCAGGAGGCGGCGCAGCUCAUCAGCCAAAAGUUCCCGCCACCGGUCAAGCUCGAGUUUGAGAAGGUCUACUACCCCUACCUCCUCAUGAACAAGAAGCGCUACGCGGGGCUGCUCUGGACCAAGCCCGACAAGUGGGACAAGAUGGACUCAAAGGGCAUUGAGACCGUGCGGCGCGACAACUGUGGCCUGGUGCGGCAGGUGGUGGCCACGUGCCUCGACAAGAUCCUCAUAGACAGGGACGAGGGUGCUGCCGUGUCGUACGUGAAGGGCGUCAUCAGUGACCUGCUGCAGAACAAGGUGGACAUGAGCCUGCUGGUCGUGACAAAGGUGGGGGUACAGGGGGGGGGUGAGGUCGUGCGUGUUUGA